AUGGCGGGACCAUCGAAGAAAGAGCAUGACACAAUCAUGGCAAGAGCAGUAAUGCUACCCAUCACAGACUUCAAUCCCAACACACCUCGUCUCGACGGGGUAGAAACGCGUCUAAAAGCAAUGAUCGCAAACUCGGAUGCCCACGAUGGUCAAGUCAGAAACAGAAUGUGGACCGCUGCAUUCGCACCCGAAGCCAUAAAGGCAAAUGAGACCCGUCAGGAGAUCUCGGAACAGACGAGUGCUGAAGUGCUCACGGCGUUUGAUACUCUUCGCAGAGUUACAGAGUACAACGCACGUGCAAAGGCGUCUAGGCAGUUUCUCACAGACACGUUGGCCAAGUAUGAUAAAUCCGCUGCUUCUGCUGCUUUUACUGCUGGAGCACGUAGGGACAGUGUUGGUGUGGCUCCUGUUGCGCGCAGAGACAGUACUGGUGUAGCUUCUGUUGCACUCAUGAAUGGUGCUCCGACUGCUGCUAUGGAGGGAGAGAGGUCGAGUGUGGCACCGACGGCACCGAAGAUGAGUGCUCCCAUGCCCGCACCUUCUGCUACUCAGAUGGCCCCACGCUCAACUGGUUCCAACAUUGAUGCGAGUAGAGAUCCCAGAAGACGCUAG